AUGUACUACUCGAUAGCGCUUGUUACGAGCUACUUGACUCAAGGCCUUCUCUAUGGGAUCUAUUCCGUUAGCCAAACAGGAUGGGUCCCUCCUCAACAUCGUAUCAUCAACGUACUGUCGUUAAUCGCUAUCUGGCAAGUCCUUGCUAGCGCAGGUUGCUAUAUCCAACCUUCGCUCUACCGGGGUAUUGUCCUUGUUCAACUCUUGUUCGACACAGUUUUGGCAUCUUCACAAUGUCCCUGGCAUGUAUUCAUCUCUCAUGCGACCCUAGGUGGACUGAGGAUUCUGUGUUCAGCUGGAAUUUUUUACUCAAUAUCGCCCAGUAAAACACUCCAGUCCCAGAAGGAAACCUGUUGCGCUAUCGCUGAAGGCGAAGGUUGGAAAGAGUACCUCGAAAUCGUCCAUUUUUCGACCCGCUACCUUUCAGAGUGGGCUUGUAUGCUUGGUUUGCAGGUUACUUGUCUUUUAAUCAACCGACUCACCCAACCUCUGGUCCCUGAUCAAGUCGCCCGCAUUACAAACAGCCUCACCUCUAACCCAGGCUACAUCCCUUGGCUUGACAUCUGUCUCUGGUUUCUCUACAAGACAGUUCCCCGUUACCUGGAAAUGGCCUGCAGAAGGUGUUCUGAAGGUCUAGUUAGCCAAUGGGAAAGAAAACUCAAGAUAGUAGCCUUUGGACAUAUCAUGGACACCCUCGACUUUGGCUACCAUUCGACAUCGAGAGCAAGUGAUAUUAAGGCCGCUAUUGAAGAUGGAGCCAGAGCUGCGAGUUCCUUAACGAAUCUCAUUACAACCACGCUAUGUCCGCUCGUUGUCGAUAUCGUGGUCUCUUCGUUCUACCUCAUGCGGCGAUUUGAUGCAUGCAUGGUGUUUGCAGUCCUAUACAAUGGAAUACUGCAGGUCCAAAUGGAAAUUCUGCUUACACAUUGGACGCAACCAGCUAUGCAAAAAUACUACGACUGCUAUAUAGCGGAAGGGUCCGCUUUACUCGAAGCUAUUCAACACUGGUGUCCAAUUACCUUAUUUGGCGCGUCACGAAUGUUCUCGAAAAGAUACCUAGCCGCAAUAGAAGCAACGUCCUCCUCUGGUUUCCGGCAGGGCAUUACUCAGAAUAUUAAGACGGGCAUUAUGAUUUUCCUUCGGGAGACUGGCUUAAUUCUCUCCAUCAUUCUAGCUCUUUGGCGCUGUGGACAAGGGACAUACUCAAUUGGGAACGUUAUAGCAAUCAUGAUGUACUGGGAAACGCUUAUGGGUCCGGCUAAUCGAUUCUCCAGCUCUUGCGACUCACUGUCAGGGGCCCUUGCGCAGACAAAACGACUCCAUCGCUUGAUAACCGCCAAGGCUACUGUGGGAGACAGUCCGGAUGCCCAGCCGCUUCAGCACGAAUCUACUUGCAAGAUUGAAUUCAAGAAUGUCAGCUUCAUCCAGAACAAUAAGAAAAUUUUGGAUAGCGUCAGUUUUAUAGCUAAACCAGGCCAAAGAGUCGGCCUUGUUGGGGAGAGUGGAGCAGGGAAAUCGACAAUCCUUAACCUCAUCGUCCGGCUUUACGACGUAACGGAUGGAUCGAUCCAAAUCAAUGAACAGGACAUUCAGAAGUUCACUCGGAAGAGCCUUCGUGAGGCAGUUACCAUCGUUCCGCAAGCACCCGCUAUGUUCACUGGGAGUAUUGCGGACAAUGUACGCUGCGGCCGCGAUGAUAUCUCACAUAGCAAUGUUAUCGAAGCCUGUAAAGCCGCAAGCUUGCACAGCAGGAUUAUGUCGUACAAAGAUGGAUAUAACACUAACAUUGGAAGUAACUGGGAAACAUGCACACUGUCUGGGGGCGAGCAACAGCGGAUCGGGAUUAGUCGAGCAAGACUGAAAGGUGGAGCUAUUCUUCUGCUCGACGAACCUACUUCUCAAGUUGAUUUGGUUCUUGAAGCUCAAAUCUUGGACUCACUAAGACAUUGGAGCGCCAGGAAAACAACACUGAUCGCCGCACACCGUCUUUCUACAAUUGCUGAUGCGGACAAUAUUCUCGUGAUUGACAAGGGGAAAGUUAUUGAGCAAGGCAGGCACAACGAGCUACUCAAGCAAGGAGGCAAAUAUGCACAACUUUGGAACAAACAGACAGAGAUGUAUUGUUAGGAGGUCUAGAAGAUAUGAAUUUUCCGAGCGAAUGUUCACGUCUUCUUUCUAUGACGAGCUCCUAGUCUUGUUAGCAAAUGGGACCAGGGUAUGUCUGAGGAACAUGAUUGUAGUUGUGACAGCAUCUUUUCGUUGGAGGACAUGUGAGCAACAAACACUGCAGACCGAGCAGGGCUUUCUCUCUGGCUAUCAUAGUUACUCCUCAUAUCAAUCUUCAUGUCCCUCUCAUGUUGGCCAAGA